CCUCCCUCCUCCCUCAUCCUCCUCCUCCUCCUUCUCCUCCUCCUCCUCCCGCCGCCGCCGCCGCCGCUUUGUGUACGGAGCGCUCCGGCCCUGCCGCCCCCCCCCCCUCCCCCCCCCCCCCUCCCCUUCAUUCCCUUCUUCUCCUCCAUUCCCGGGCGGUUCGAGCCGGUUCCACAAUCAGCGAGCCCGAACAGCCCCCCCCACCCCUCCCCACAACCCCCCCCUCUCCAAUCCCGCCGCCCCCCCCUCAGAGCGUACCCCCCCCCGCCUCACCUCCCUCAGCGCCGCCGCCGCUCCUCCCUAAGGGGCUCCGCCGCUCUCCGGGCGAGGCGACCCGCAGGGCGCGGGGGCAGGUGGCAUGAGCCCCCCCCCCCGGGAUGCUGAAGGAUGGAGAAGGAGGAGGAUGAUGAUGAUGAGGAGGAAUUAUCCCUGUUCUGCUCGCCCUCUGUGAAAGACUGACUGUCAUUGUUGGCAGCUCCAGUUUGGAAUUUAAAGGUUGAAAACAAAGAUUUUUUUCCCAUUAUAUCCACCCUGGAAGGAUCUGAAUCCGAGAUCUGACACAGAAUCCAUCAAACCAGCAAAAUGUGGAGCCUGUGGACCAGGAUAUGCAAGUCCUCUGGACGCCAUGAAAGGCCCCCGGGAGGAGCUGCUCUACCUGCCCUGCAUCUACAGGAACACGGGCAUCCAAAAACCUGACUACCUGGCCACGGUGGAUGUGGACCCCAAAUCCCCCCACUACUGCCAGGUGAUCCACCGCCUGCCCAUGCCCAACCUGCAGGAUGAGCUGCACCAUUCCGGCUGGAACACCUGCAGCAGCUGCUUUGGGGACUGCAGGAAAAGCAGGAAUCUCCUCAUCCUUCCAGCCCUCAUCUCCUCCAGGAUCUACGUGGUGGAUGUGGGAACAGACCCCAGGGCUCCCAGGCUCCACAAGGUGGUGGAGCCGACGGAAUUGUUCGGGAAGGGGAACGCGGCCAACCCUCACACCUCCCACUGCCUGGGCUCCGGGGACAUCCUCAUCAGCUGCCUGGGGGACCCUGCUGGCAAUGGCAAAGGGAGUUUUAUCCUGCUGGACGGAGAGACCUUCGAGGUGAAAGGAAACUGGGAGAAGGGGGAGAAGGUCCCUUCCCUGGGCUACGACUUCUGGUACCAACCCCGGCACAACGUCCUGCUGAGCACGGAGUGGGGGGUCCCAAAGGCCCUGAGGGACGGGUUCGACCCCGCUGACGUGGAGAAAGGGCUCUACGGGCGCCACAUCAACGUGUGGGACUGGAGCACCCACAGGCUGCUGCAGGCCCUGGAUCUGGGGAAGGGCUCCGUCCCUCUGGAAAUCCGGUUCCUGCACGAGCCGGCGGCGGGCGAGGGGUUCGUGGGCUGUGCCCUGAGCGGGGCCGUGCAGCGCUUCCACAGGACACAGAAAGGGGACUGGGCAGCGGAGAAGGUGAUCGAAGUGCCCAGCAAGAAGGUGCAAGGAUGGCUCCUCCCGGACAUGCCUGGUCUCAUCACCGACAUCCUGAUCUCCCUGGACGACAGGUUCCUGUACUUCAGCAACUGGCUGCACGGGGACGUGCGGCAGUACGACAUCUCCGACCCCCGGCGGCCCCGGCUCGUGGGGCAGGUCUUCCUGGGGGGCAGCAUUGCCAGGGGGGGCCCUGUGACUGUGCUGGAGGACAAGGAGCUGCAGUGUCAGCCAGAGCCCUUUGUCAUCCAGGGCAAGAAGGUUCCAGGCGGGCCUCAGAUGCUGCAGCUGAGCUUGGAUGGGAAGAGGUUGUACGUCACCAACUCCCUGUACAGCGGCUGGGACAAGCAGUUCUACCCCGACCUGCUCCAGGAGGGCUCUGUCAUGCUGCAGAUCGACGUGGACACCGAGCGAGGGGGGCUGGCGGUGAACCCAAACUUCCUGGUGGAUUUUGGGCAGGAGCCGGACGGGCCGGCGCUGGCCCACGAGAUGAGAUACCCUGGGGGGGACUGCACCUCGGACAUCUGGCUGUGACCAUCCUCCUGGGGCUGCUCUAUCCCCUCCCAGAGCUUCCCAAACCCUCCCUUUAUCACCAGGAGGAUCAGGGCACCUGGAGCUUUGCCCGCUGUCUGAAUUCAGAUUUCUCUUCCUGAGCUCUCGUCUCAUCCGUGCACCGAUGCCACAAAAAAUCAGCAAUAAAAUCACCCUUCAGCUCAGCUGGAGGUGCUUUUUUUCUUUUGGUC